GAAAAAGAUUAAAUACUAAAGUACAAGCAAAAUUUUAAACCGAGGCCAGAAGACCAUACAACCAUAUUCAACCACCUGUAAUGGCUAGAAAUAGCAAACUGGGAUGCCAUACUCCAGGUGUACCUGUGGGGUUAUUGUGUGACUCUGUGUAAAGAAAUGUAUACACUGUCUCUACAUGCAUACAUACGUACAUACACGAUGUGGUAUUUCUGUGCUUGCAUACUAUCCAGGUAGGCCCAAUAUACCUACUCUGUUCAGCCUGUAAAAGCUGUGAAUGCAGUGUGUGAUAUGGUCACAGUACUGUGACAUUACCCCUGCACUAUGACUGAGGCAGUGCAGAGCAGAGUUAAAGGUGGGGCUUUCCUACAGCCAAAAUGUAGGCGCGAUGGCUGCGCUGUGUGAGUGGGAUAAACACACACCAGUGCCAGCUGGAGGCAUACUGGCCCUUGCGCAGGCAGCUCUUUCUCCCUCUCCUCAGCACUGCCCUGAAAUUUCUAAUUGCAUCAUAUGCAGGAUGGGAAAUUUGCCGUUGGGUAAUUAGUAGGAGGUUUUCCAGUUGAUUCCCAUGCUGCAGCAGGACAGCCUUAGCUCCCCAAGCUGCGGACCCCCAGCCCAUGCUGCAGAUGAGCCCACGCAUCUGCCAGACUGUCACCACCCUCUCUGCCUCUGCCUGGAUUGUGCCUGUGUGCAGCUGUGGAGCUGCAGGCUCCCUUCUCCUCCCCUCCACACCAGCUGGAGCUGGGUGACUGUGGCGAUGGUGGCAGGGCAGCGGUGGCACUAGAAGGCAGCACAAAGCCUGAUGCUGUCAACAGCGUGCUCUUAGCUCGGUGCCCUCGCCCCUUGAGCAGUAAAGUGCAGCAACAGCACUAAGCACUGCAUGAUUUCACUGCUGAUUCUCAGAUACCCGUUCCAAGCAAGGAGCAAUCCUGGAAAAUGUUACAGUACUUUGUUGGCCACCCUUGUGUCAUUCCUCCUGUUGCAUAGAGCAGUGCACAGCUCUGCUCCCGUGGCGUGGGUGUGCUGCUGCUCGGAGCCCGCUGUAAGGCGGAGGGAGGCCGGGGUGAUAGGCUUCCCAGCAUCAGAUGUCGUGCAUGCGGCGUGAGCGUUUCCAUCACAGCGUAUUAGUGUGUUGGCUCACCUGCUGACAGGCUGUCGGUGAUGUGACAUGAGCGGCUGGACCAUGGAAGAAUAUGUAUGAGUGAAUUUGCAAUGAGAUACCAAUGAAGCCCGCGGCUCCACAUGUGGCAUCUUUUGCAGGAAAGGGUGGGUAAGACAGUCCUCUUAACAGUCUCAGAUCAGAUCAGAGCUAAACAAGUGUUAUGGCCAGUUAGGACAAAAGAAUAUGUUUUUGAGAAAUGUCAACCUCUUUCAUGAUUAACGCUGGAUCAGUUGGCUGUUCUAGGGGUUACAUGUGUGAGGUUUUGCAGCCACAUUGUCACAGCCACAAAAACAGUCAACAGGCAUCCUUAGGGAGCUGUCAGCCUGGAGAAGGGUGUUAGGAGAAGUGAGAGGCCAUGUUUGGCUCCUGCCCGCAUUGCUGCUAGACAAGGAGUUUCACCCCUUUGUUAAGACAUUUGUAAGAUGGAAGUCACACUGACCCAGGACAAUAUGUUGCAAUUGAUAUUUUAGGGAUAGAUGCCAUGUCAUUUUGCUUAGAGAUGUCUACCAAAUGGGAGAAAAUAUUUAUUAAAGUCUCCUAGUAACAUUGCUGUCGAGCUCUGCUGCAUGCAAAGCUGGCUUGAACAUCACUAACACACUUGGAACCAUUACUAGCACUGCCCCCUUUAAUUUAUAAAAUGUUCUUGAAGAUCCUAUAAAUAGCCGCAUGCCUAAUUUUAAACGUAAGUAGUCUCCAGGAGCGUUCAGUGUUAAGCUUGUGCGUAGCUGUUAUCAGAACUGGGGCCACAAAGGUUAAUUCGUGCUUUGCAAGACACAGUUCCUGGUCUCAGAUGCAGUUCAGUCUUUCAGAAAGCUCAGUCUUCGAGGUGGUUGCGUUUUCAGGCUCUGCUGACUCUGACCGGCAGUGCCUAACUUGGCAGCCCUUCCCAGCGCUGUGCUCCAAGCCAGGCGGGUCAGGGAGAGGUGAUUAUUAAGCCUUGCUUCCUUGAAAUGCUUUCAAUAGCAAGAUCUGAUUAUGAUGUGGUCUGCUUAACCAGGGAUGAGCCUCAGCUAGGGCUCCUGCUCUCUGCGCUGCAGCCAGGACUUCACUUUGGAAAGCUGCUGGUGUCUUGCAAGGGCAGGAAUGUUUUGGGGGCCCAAACACUGGAGGGAGUGAAGCCGAUUUUAGCUCUUCAAGCAGCACAGGCAGUAUUUCAGCGCCUGAAGUCCAUAUGUCUGCUGCUGGAAGCAAAAGAUCAUCUUUUUCUCGCAAUCGUGGCCCUUAUGGUCGGAAUAAUGGAUCCUUAUCCUACAAGUCUGGAGCCAGCCCACCUGCUUCCCGUGAAAAGGACUCUCUGUCAACACUGUGCAAAAACCAGCUGAGUCCUGCUAACAUCCAUCAGAGUUACAGGGCUUCUUCAGCCAGCAGCAGCAACUCAGGCUCAUAUAAAGGAAGCGACAGCAGCCCAGUGAUGAGGCGAUCAGGGAGGUACAAUUCUUGUGCUGACAAUCACAGCAUUAAGCCACAAAAUCCAGAGCAGUAUUUGACUCCUCUGCAGCAGAAAGAAGUUACAGUACGGCAUUUGAAGACAAAACUGAAGGAAUCUGAGAGCAAACUUAAAGAAAGGGAAACAGAAAUAGAAGAGCUCAAAGCUCAGCUGGGACGGAUGAGGGAAGACUGGAUUGAAGAAGAGUGUAAUCGUGUGGAGGCGGAGCUGGCCUUAAAGGAAGCACGAAGCGAAAUUAAACAACUCAAGCAGGUUAUUGAAACCAUGAAAAACAGCUUGGCUGAGAAAGACAAAAAAAUUCAGAAAUACUUCAUAGAUAUAAACAUUCAAAACAAGAAACUGGAAUCUUUGCUGCAGAGCAUGGAGAUGGCUCAGAAUGGCUCUGCGAGGGAUGAGCAGUGCCUGGAGUACGUGUGUGACUCAGAGGGGAAGCCGCUGGCGCUGUGUGCCACAGUGCCGGACAGCCUCAUCGCAGAGGACCAGGCUCUGGAGGAGGUGGCAGACAGUGGGCUGCUGCUUAAUGAGGACACAGCUAACGGGAGCGAUUCAUCUGAAGAGAGUUUGACCACCACGGCCUCUGAGUUGAGUGAUCCAGCUCUCUCCAGUUCUGCUGUGAAUAAAGGGAUGCUUGAAAAUGUUCUGGAUGAAAAACUAACUUCUUCCCAGGAGGAGGAGAAAAGAAGCAACAUGAUGGUGGAACAGUCUGUGCAGACUGAUGUGGUGCCAUAUAGCCUAGAUGUGGAGCAGCUCAUUCAAAACAUCUUCAGAGCUCAAGAUGCCUGUCCUCUAAGCCCACCUUCUUCACUGAAGGAAUUGGGUGAUUCUCUUGGAAGCUUCAGUGAUUCUGGUAUCAUUGUGGACUUAACUCCAAGUGAUCCAACCUCUGCCAUCCUUUUGUCUCCUAUGGAGUCUCCAUGCAGGAAGGUGGAGCACAGAGUUAAUGGAAACCGUUUCAUGAAAGAACUUGAUUUUACAGAACCUCAUGAUGAUGAAGCCUUUGGGUAUGUCAAUACUUUCUCUCAGGCAGGAAUAAAGAGGAGAUACUGGAGCAGGAGUCUCCUCAGAGAUGUUCUGGCUGUAGCAGCCCCUGUUGUACCAACUAUCAUGUGGGCUUUCAGUACUCAGAGGGGAGGAACAGAUCCCAUUUAUAACAUCGGAGCGUUGCUUCGUGGUUGCUGCCUGGUGGCCCUGCAUUCUUUACGCCGUACACCCUUCAAUAUCAAAACCUAAAGUCCACUCUGUCCCUGGGCACCAACUGGCUGAGGCAGAGAGAAAGAGGGAUGAGAUAGAUCAUAAAAAGUUAUUGUAUAUUCUGGCAGAGUCCAUCAUUUUGCUUUUGACUCUUUGAUUUGCACUAUAAAUUGGUUUGAAAACAUGUUUCUUGUUUCAAAAUAAAAAAAGCUGAACCCUGUAGUUCCACAAGAUGUUUUUAAUAGUACUGCUGCCUACAGAAAUAGCCCUCCACUUCCCAGGCACUGUGUUCCUCCCUUCUGCUGGUGUCUUUCUGGUGCCAGUGCAUCUGUACAGUGAACAUGACCGGGGGAACCGAGCAGCAUUACAGCUAGCACUCUUUCACGUGUGUUUGCUGAGUCAGCGUUAAGCUCAGUCACUUUCCCUGGAUGGUUCACUGAGCAAAUGUACAAGAGCACUGCACUGGCUCGAGGGUAGCGCAAGAUGCAUGUGGGAGCAAAUGGCCAGAGAAAAGUGGGGUAAUCCUUCAAGCAGCACUAAUCUAGAACGUUUGUGAAACUACAGCGUUAAAUGAGUGACAUGAAGGCUUGUUCCCACUAAGGGUCACACAUGCACUUCAGAAAGCAUGCUAGCACUUUCCAUUUGUUGUCCGAGGUGUCAAUUCAAAUGUAGAGGUAAACCCCCUAUUGCCAGGCAGCUUCCAGCACAUCGUUCGUGCCUGUCUCAUGUAGUGCUCUUCUCAAUCGUACAACUGCUCGAGCAUUUCACUGGUCUUGUGCGUGUACGGGGACUGUAACCAAAAAUGUACAUUGUUGGGAGUCUCAAAACUUGUUACAAUGAUAAGUAUAGGUGUGGAUACACUUUGGAUCUUAAUGUUGUUUUAAAGUCUUAACAUAUUGGAACCUGAUAGUCUUUCGAGCCCUUUGAAAUACUAUGUAUAAAUGUAUUGUGUUUUAACUUAUUGUUUAUUUAAUUGCUUUAUUGUAAAUUACCUCUAUAAUCACAAGUUCAGUAAAGCAUGUUAGAAAUGUCAAA